AUGCACAGCGAAACUUCAAACGCCAUUGACAGGUUCUCGUAUAGGUACGUCCCAUCCGCUCUUUCGUCCAAUAGUAUUGACGAUGUAGCUUCCAGACACUCCAAGUACUCAUCAAGCACAUUUUUCAGACAAAGUUCUUUCGCAAUCUCACGAUGUCUCGCAAUCGCUCUGCCAACCACGGACAGCGCAAGCGGAAGCCCACCGCAAAAUCUCAGUAUCCUAUCCGUUUGA